AGACAUGGCUCUUUCUCAGCGCGGAUUGCCUCUGGAGUAUGGUACAUGUGCCGGAGCUGCAAUUUGAGCGACUGACGAGAGAGUUGGAGGCUGAGAGGCAGAUUGUUGCCACUCAGCUGGAGAGAUGCAAGCUGGGAUCUGAGACUGGAAGCAUAAGCAGCAUCAGUUCUGCAGAUGAAAAGUUUCGCUGGAACAACCAAGAUGGACAGAAGGAUAUAGAGGAGGAGCUCACCACAGGCCUGGAACUUGUAGAUUCCUGCAUCCGAUCUCUUCAAGAAUCUGGUAUUCUGGAUUCACAGGAAUUCACUGCAGGCGAAAGACCAGGCAUCCUCUCUCAGAGUGCUUUGCAGCUCAAUAAUCAAGAGGGCACCUUUCCCUAUCCAGUCAGUUACCAUAGCAACCAGACCCUGGCCCUCGGCGACCUGUCGGCCUCCCAGCCUCCUCACAGUGGUCAGAUGGUAGGAGCCUUACAUAGCUAUAAUCAGGUGACAUCUAAUCGUGUUGUCCAGCUGGCUGCCAGAGAGACAGCCGCCCGGGCCCAUUCUCAAGACUCCUUUGCCCAGGGUCAUGGCAGUGCAUUCCACAUGCCUGACAAUCAGCCAGCAGCCCCUGUAAACUAUUCCUGCUCCACUCUACCAGCCCAGAGAGUGAGCUCUCCCUUUUCCAUGCAGGCUUUGGGCUCCCCAUCCAAACUGCAGAGGCUGGGCUCAGCCUCCGACAUGCCCAGCUACGCCACUUUGGCGCGGGUGUCGUCACCCAAGCAGUCCCCGAGCCGGCUGGCCAAGUCCUACAGUACCAGCUCUCCCAUCAACAUGGCAGUGGGAGGAGGGUCGUCCUCUUCGCCACUGCACAUGGCCGGACCUGGCAAUGCCUCCAGCUCGUCUCCGCUACACCAGUUCAGCACUGCAGUGGGAAGCUACGCCACUCUGUCCCCCACAAAACGUAUGCUCCACACCACCGAUCAGUACAAGAUCUCUCAUGAUCUGUAUGCCAACGCCACCCUCCAGAGACCUGGCAGUCUGGCAGGUUCCAGGGGUUCGUACAGCAGUCAGCACAGUCACCUGGGCUCGGAGCUAAGACCCUUGCAGUCUCCUGAGCACCAUAUCGACCCCAUUUAUGAGGACAGAGUCUAUCAGAAAGCCCCCCUGAGGAACUUCAACCAAGGCCAGGCCCCUUCCUCUCCUGGUGUUGACUCCAUACCCUUGCAGCGUACGGGAAGCCAGAACGCCACAGGAACAUUCCCCCGUGGCGGCUACGCCACUGGCCCUGGUGCCUCCACCGCCGACUAUGCCAACCCCUACCGUACACUACAGUUCUGCCCUUCCACAGAUUCACCCUACAGCAAAUCGGGACCUGCUCUGCCCCCGGAGGCAACACUGGUCAGGUCGCCCUCUGUGGACAGCAUCCAGAAGGACCCCAGGUACGACCCUGAAUUCCUUGUCUGGAAUCAAAAUCAAGCCGAGCAAAGAAUGACAAAGGAAUUUGGCUGGAGGGAUCCUGAACUGCCGGAGGUCAUCCAAAUGCUGCAGCACCAGUUUCCAUCGGUACAGUCCAACGCUGCCGCCUACCUCCAGCACUUGUGCUUUGGAGACAACAAGACCAAAUCAGAGAUACGGAGGCAGGGUGGGAUCCAGAUGCUGGUGGACUUGCUGGAUCACCGUAUGACAGAUGUGCACAGGAGUGCCUGUGGUGCACUCAGGAACCUGGUUUAUGGCAAGGCCAAUGACGACAACAAGAUCGCCCUGAAGAACUGCGGUGGGAUCCCUGCACUUGUGCGGCUCCUGCGCAAGACGACAGACGUGGAGAUCAGAGAACUGCUUACAGGUGUGCUGUGGAACUUGUCCUCAUGUGAUGCUCUGAAGAUGCCCAUUAUUCAGGAUGCUCUGGCAGUGCUGACCAACACAGUCAUUAUUCCUCACUCGGGCUGGGACACCUCGCCCCACCAGGACGACCACAAGCUGCACCUGCAUUCCUCACAGGUGCUCCGCAAUGCUACCGGGUGCCUCAGGAAUGUGAGCUCAGCCGGAGAAGAGGCCCGCCGCAGGAUGAGAGAGUGUGAGGGGCUGACUGAUGCGCUGCUCUAUGUCAUCCAGACAGCUCUGGGCACCAGUGAGAUCGACAGCAAGACCAUCGAGAACUGCGUGUGCAUCCUGCGGAACCUGUCGUACAGGUUGGCGGCAGAGACGUCUCAGGGGCAGCAGAUGGGAUCGGAGGAGCUGGACGGGGUUCUGUGCACCGAUGCCAGCGGGAAGGAUGCGGAGAGCUCCGGCUGCUGGGGCAAGAAGAAAAAGAAAAAGAAGAGCCACGAUCAGUGGGAUGGUGUUGGGCCUUUCCCAGACUCUAGUGACCCUCCGAAGGGACUGCAGAUGCUAUGGCACCCGUCCAUAGUAAAACCGUACCUCACUCUUCUGUCUGAGUGCUCAAACCCGGACACGCUGGAGGGAGCGGCUGGGGCUCUACAGAACCUGGCAGCGGGUAGCUGGAAGGUAGGCCCCACCUUAAAACCUUGGUCGGUGUACAUCCGUGCUGCAGUUCGGAAAGAGAAAGGACUGCCCAUUCUGGUGGAGUUGCUGAGAAUAGACAAUGACCGGGUUGUGUGCGCUGUGGCCACAGCUCUCCGAAACAUGGCCCUUGAUGUCAGGAACAAGGAGCUCAUAGGCAAGUAUGCCAUGAGGGAUCUGGUCCAUCGGCUACCGGGGGGCAACAAUAACAACAGUACUGGCACCGGCGGCACCAGCAAGAGCAUGUCCGAUGACACCAUCACUGCGAUCUGCUGUGCUCUGCAUGAAGUCAUCACCAAGAACAUGGAGAACACCAAGGCUCUUCGUGAUGCAGGCGGCAUUGAGAAACUCAUCGGCAUUGCCCGCAGCAAAGGAGACAAACACACACCAAAGGUGGUGAAAGCGGCGUCUCAAGUUCUCAACAGCAUGUGGCAGUACAGAGAUUUGCGAAGCCUCUAUAAAAAGGAUGGCUAUUCUCAGUAUCACUUUGUUGGCUCUUCAUCUACAAUUGAGAGAGACAGACAACGACCUUAUUCCUCCUCUCGCACUCCAUCUAUCUCUCCUGUGCGGACCUCGUCCAAUAAUCGAUCAGCAAGUGCCCCCACCUCCCCUCGAGAAAUGAUGAGCUUGAAGGAAAGGAAGACAGACUAUGAGUCAACUGGAACCAAUUCUGGUUACCAUGGAAACAAGGGUGAGCACACCUCCAGAAAAGACGCCAUGGCAGCUCAAAUCUCCAGUGGGACAUCUACACUGUUCAGAGGUGCUUACAUGUCUCCUGGCGAUGACAUCAAGCAUAACCAGGUCUCCGCUCAAGGCAACCCUCCAGAGGCCUACCCUCCCUUCCAGACUCCCCCAGGAGCCAACUUCGAGGAUCCGUACUACGAGGACCAAGCGCAUAAACGCCCCCCACCCACCGCUGACGGCACCAUGCACCUGGGACUGAAGUCCACGGGGAACUACGUGGACUUUUAUUCGGCAUCCCGCCCAUACAGUGAACUCAACUACGAGACGAGCCACUACCCAGCCUCGCCGGACUCUUGGGUGUAGAGGCACAGAGGCAGGCUGGAGGCUGGCCUACAGAUACCAUACACAGAGACCAGCCCAGCAUGUGCAUGAACACUAGUAGACAUCUCACACACGUAAACCUUCAGUUCGGUUCACUGCUCGCACCACAGUGGGCUGCCAGCCAGUGAGGCGAGGUUAGGAAAGUGCUUGAAGAGAGAGGAUUUAGGAAAGAAGUUUUACAGAAAGGACCACUUGAACUUUGGUGUUUUUCGAAGCAGUGGAGGGAAUUGACAUGUCAGCGGGAAAGCGGAAGAUUUGUGGCGCAGAGAUGGGACAGUUACGUGAAGCACAAGAAAACGACAUUCGACACAAGCUAAGGAAAUAGUUUUCACACAUUUGUUGACAUUUCUUUAUGUUAAACCAUGCUUUUUAUGGAGUGCUCCGUUACACUCUUAGCCUUUAUAUCUUUUUUUGGUUUCUUUUUAUUAUUUGCUUGUUUUUGUACCUCCUUUUUAACUUCUUAAGUCUGGUGUAAAGUACUUGUUGUAUAUUACAGAUGUAGAUACAAGGUGCAUUGUGUAUAUUACGCAAAGACUACCGUGUCCUCCCAUGUGGCUCAAUAUAUCGUUUUAUUUUCCUGUAUUUUGAGCGAGAGGAAAAUACACUCACUGAACUCCAGCAUCCUAUUCGAUGGGUAUGAAAUGCAGCAGAAAGCAUAUCAUUCAGAAGUGUUGUUUGCUCUGUGUCCCCCCCAUUUUCUAUGCGAGAAAACUACUUUUAACUGACAACAGAGCAUCACUGCCUGGACAGAGUUUACCACCAAUAAUAAGAACAAUUUCAGGCCUAUCUGUCAAUUUUUUUCUCUCUUAUUUCCCCAACUGUACUGACAUGAAGACUGGUCAUUCCACAAGCCAUUGAGUGAUCUGUGCUUAGUUAUGUGCCAAAUGUAGUAAUCCCUGACCCAAGAGGUGCUGUAGAGCUGCUGUUGAAGCUACGUCACUGGUUCUAUCAACGCCCAUUUGUAAAUGCUUUUUUUUUUAUGUGUUUCGACAGCAUUCACACUGUAACAAGGAGGGACAUGGUCUUUGACUGCUACUUCUCCUCCAAAGAUGUACAAUUAGUUGAUGCUAUGUUGUAAAAUAGACAUUUGCAAAAUCAGCUUUUUUUCUUCCAGAAAAUCAGUGGUUCUUAAGAUCGUUGUAGACAGAUCUGUCAAUAGAGUAUGGAUAUAUAUUAUAUAAAUACAAAAUAUAUAUAUACUUUUUAUGUGCAGAUGUGGAUGUCACCUAACGCAGAAACAUUGCAAGGAAAAAAUGCUAGUUAAAAAAAAGCAUAGGGUUUUUUGUUCACCUUAAUUUCUAAUCCAGAUGUUGACCUCCUAUUGUCAUGUUGUUGCUGUAUAAACCAGGCGAGACCAGGGCUCAGUGAGGGCAGAUGUGAUGAUCUUCUAGCUUCUAAUAUUGACUUGAAAAGGUGCUAAAACAAUGCUUUAACACCUUUUGGCCUGCAUUACUACCUUUUAUUAAUGCGUUUUGAAUGUGUUUCAUGUCCUUAAUAAAAUGGAUGCCACUAAAAUUAAUGGCUUUGAUUCCUACACAACCUAUGCUCUAGAAGGAGAGCUGUGCGUAUAGAUGCACCUCUUGAUUUAAAUUUUUUUUCUCUCUCUAUUAGGUAAUUGCCUAUACCUUAUCUCAGGUCAUCUUAUUGCAGGAGAAGAUGGGUGAACAUUCCUCUACUGACCUAUACGGAGAACAAAAAAUGACAAUACCCUAUCAUUUUUUUGUGAUUUUCAAACCUUAAACAUUAAGUCUGUCAGAUUUCAGGAAGGUAUAAAGCAAGCCCUGGUCUUCCCUUCAUGUCAUUUUACACUUAGAGGUAAUUGUCAGAUGCAAGGAUUCAGGAUGAUCCCCAAAUCACAUAUCUUCAGCACCAUAGUGAAUGUCUGAGAACAAGCAAAAUAUCUGUGAAAAAUUAGACAUAUCAGACAACUUGUAUUAAAGAUGUAAGUAAAACUUUUUUUCUGUUGCUAGACAAAGUGUUUGAGAGAAUUGUGAACCUUUUUAAUGCCAGGUUGCAACUGCUAUAUAAACUAAUGGAGAAUCACUGUUCUGUGAUUUAUUUUGUUCUGUGUCUGAGUCAUUUCUUCCUUUAUUGGGGUUUUCUUUGGAUGAAUCUGACAUUGGUAUGCAGUUUUACCACCAGACUUGGUUUCAAAUAUAUAUCCACAUUAUACAUCCACAU